UUUUAUAUACAGCCGCCCAGCACUCGGAAUCCCCACGAUUCUUUCACUAUAAAAGGAGAACAAACAAAUUCCCCUAUCAAAGCAAAGCUUGUUCCUUUCUUCUCAUGGCUGCUGCGAUAACCUGCUCUGCUGCAGAUCUCCACCCUCUACUGGGUGGUGCAGCCAAUGCCAGCGCCGCUGCUGAGUACCUUUGUAGCCGCUUUGAUGCCAUUUCAAACAAGUUUGUCGACACAAAUUAUGCUGUUGAUAACACCUACCUUCUCUUCUCUGCGUACCUUGUAUUUUCCAUGCAACUUGGUUUCGCCAUGCUCUGCGCCGGCUCGGUUCGUGCCAAGAACACCAUGAACAUCAUGCUCACCAAUGUCCUUGAUGCUGCAACCGGCGGCCUGUUUUACUAUCUCUUCGGCUUUGCCUUCGCCUUUGGCGGAUCAUCAAACGGGUUCAUUGGCGAACACUACUUCGGCCUUGGGAUGUUUCCUUCCUCGUCUUUUGACUAUGGUUUCUUCCUUUAUCAAUGGGCUUUUGCCAUUGCAGCGGCUGGAAUCACUAGCGGUUCGAUCGCGGAACGGACCCAAUUCAUCGCGUAUUUGAUAUAUUCUUCUUUCUUGACGGGUUUGGUCUAUCCUAUAGUGUCUCAUUGGUUCUGGUCUGCGGAUGGUUGGGCAAGCCCUGCUCGGUCUGAUAAUCUUUUGUUUGGUUCUGGGGUCAUUGAUUUUGCUGGUUCCGGAGUUGUUCACUUGGUUGGAGGCAUGGCUGGUUUAUGGGGUGCUCUCAUUGAAGGACCACGCGUUGGCCGCUUUGAUCAUGGCGGCCGAGCUGUGUCGUUGCGCGGACACAGCGGUACAUUGGUUGUUUUGGGGACGUUCCUGCUAUGGUUUGGCUGGUACGGAUUCAACCCUGGUUCAUUUCUCAACAUAUCGAAGGCUUAUGGAGAGAGCGGUUCUUAUUAUGGACAAUGGAGUGCUGUUGGGAGAACCGGAGUUACAACAACUCUUGCUGGAUGUUCAGCUGCACUGACCACUCUCUUUGGGAAACGUUUGCUCUCUGGCCAUUGGAAUGUGACCGAUGUUUGCAAUGGUUUGCUUGGUGGGUUUGCAGCAAUCACCUCAGGCUGUUCGGUUGUUGAUCCUUGGGCUGCAAUCGUAUGUGGGUUUGUAGCCGCUUGGGUUCUCAUUGGGUGCAACAAGCUUGCAGAAAAAUUUAUGUAUGAUGACCCAUUGGAGGCAGCACAGCUUCAUGGAGGGUGUGGCUCUUGGGGUAUAAUUUUCACUGCCUUGUUUGCAAAGAAGGAAUAUGUCAACGAGGUUUAUCCGGGGAUACCAGGGCGGCCAUAUGGGCUGCUCAUGGGAGGUGGAGGAAAGCUCUUGGCAGCACACAUAGUCCAGAUUUUGGUGAUUUCAUUAUGGGUUAGCAUUACCAUGGGGACAUUGUUCUGGUUUUUGCACAAACUGAAGCUCUUGAGGAUUUCGACAGAAGAGGAGAUGGCAGGAAUGGAUUUGACUAGCCAUGGUGGAUUUGUUUACGAAUAUUGCGAUGAAGUUGAACUUCCGAAUCUGAAAAACAGACUCAACUUGACGAGCAAGGAUUCCUCAGUUAUUUGAUUUGAAUGCAUUUUGAUCUCCAUUUUUAUCAUCGUAGCUUGUAUAGCUCUUACAAUUAUGGCAGAAAACUGGUCUCCCAUUAGUUAAAUAACUUGUGCAAGUGGUCAUGCUUUGUUUCUUUUAGGUUUCAACUGAAAUGUUUCACUGCUGAACCUUUUUGGGUCUUAUAUUGACAAUGAAAGUUUCAAAAUCUAUAUGCUUCAAUCUUUUUGUGAUUUUGUAUUUGAUGCUUUAGAUAACUUGAAUAAAGAUAGCACCCCUUUUA